AUGGCAAAGUAUCAUCGACCCGGAGGCGCGCACUCUCCGCGCCGUCUGCCAAAGGACCCACCGCACCGUCCCGGGAAAUUAAACUCCGGUCGUGUCCCUCCACCGGUCUUCACCCUUCCGCUUUCUCAAAACUUGUCAAGUCUCACCCGAAAAAUAUUGGAUUUAUCUACUCAUAACAUGGUUUCUAAAAUUGCCCAGACCGCCCACUUGGCGGCUCAAGCCUCGAAGGUGUUGUCUCCUGUUGCAUCCAGAUCCACCAACCCUUCGGCUGCUCUUAAGCUCGCGGGGGCCGCUCAAUCCCUCAGAAUGAUGGGUCAAGUCCGCCCUGCUUCUUCCGAAGCCGGUCCUAAAACUAUGACUGUCAGAGACGCAUUGAACUCCGGUUUGGCUGAAGAGUUGGACAGAGACGACGACGUGUUCAUAAUGGGUGAAGAAGUCGCCCAAUACAAUGGUGCUUAUAAAGUUACUAGAGGAUUAUUGGACAGAUUUGGUGAAAGAAGAAUCAUCGAUACCCCCAUCACCGAAAUGGGAUUCACCGGGUUGGCGGUUGGUGCUUCAUUGGCGGGAUUGAAGCCAAUUUGUGAGUUUAUGACCUUUAACUUUGCCAUGCAAGCCAUUGAUCAUAUCAUCAACUCGGCUGCCAAAACCUUAUAUAUGAGUGGUGGUAAGCAACCUUGUAACAUUACCUUCAGGGGUCCCAAUGGGGCUGCUGCUGGGGUGGCUGCCCAACACUCCCAGGACUAUGCUGCCUGGUAUGGGUCGAUUCCUGGGUUGAAGGUUGUUUCUCCAUACUCUGCUGAGGAUUACAGAGGGUUGAUCAAGGCUGCUAUUAGAGAUCCUAACCCAGUGGUGUUUUUGGAAAAUGAAGUUGCCUACGGGGAAUCAUUUGAAGUGUCUGAAGAAGCCUUGUCUCCUGAUUUUGUGUUGCCAUUCGGUAAGGCUAAGAUUGAAAGAGAAGGUUCUGACAUCACUUUGGUGGCCCACUCUAGAAACGUCAAGUUCUGUGUUGAGGCUGCUGAGCAAUUGCACAAGGAGUACGGCGUGAAUGCUGAGGUGAUUAACUUGAGAUCAAUCAAGCCUUUGGAUGUUCCAACCUUGGUGGAAUCGGUUAAGAAGACCAACCACUUGGUUACUGUUGAAGCUGGAUAUCCAGCUUUCGGAGUGGGAUCUGAAAUCGUGGCUCAAAUCAUGGAGUCCGAAGCUUUUGACUACUUGGACGCUCCAGUUGAAAGAGUUACUGGAUGUGAAGUGCCAACCCCAUAUGCUAAGGAGUUGGAAGACUUUGCUUUCCCAGAUACUCCAACGGUUUUCAGAGCCGCUAGAAAGGUGUUGAGCUUGUAAGGUAUAUAGAUGUCAUAAUAAAGUGCACAGUAUUUUGUUAGCUUCGGUA